GGAGGGGCUUAUUCUUGCUAGUUUGGUGCCUGCGAGCUCUUCUUCCAAUCUCUGUCGUCAGCAAAGGCGAGAGCUACGAAGUCAAAGCUUUUCACCUUCCACCGUGCACACGUCAAUAUUGCCCGCCGCACGACGCAGGAGUCAGCGAUGGAGGAUUAUUUCAUUUCAAACGCGACUUCCUUCGAGCUAGGAGAAGAAGCCUCGUCGUGUCACUUCUGAAAGCGUUUUCGAACCUUUUUUUCUUCGCUUUUUGCUCAUCAAACUUAUUUUUUUCCACAGCACCGGCCUGUGACCUUCACCUCCGACAACAUUGCGGAAUCUUAAGCUCCAAUGUUUUUUCUUUUCUUUUUUUUUUGACUUUUCUUUGAUGCGUUGCAAAUAUGAUGACGUCACCGACGCCACUUUUUCCCCAACUUAUGGCGGAACACGACUUUGAAUUGUUUUGACCAUCGAGAGCACUUGGCUUUACUAAUGGAGCACCUCCAGGGAGCGUGGAAGACCCUGAGCAACGGCUUUGGAAUGAAGGACUCUGCUUUCGAAGGUCCGUGUCUUUCACCGACUAUGGUGCAGGGAUUUUCUUGCCAGCGGCGCUCCUCAGAUGACAGCAAGAUACCCGACUCAAAGGCUAGCAGCACCAUCCGAGUCUACCUCCCAAACCAUCAGCGCACUGUGGUAAAUGUACGGCCGGGUAUGACUCUGCAGAGCUGCCUGAUUAAAGCCUUGAUGGUGCGAGGCCUGCAACCUCAGUGUUGUGCAGUUUUCCGGCUGCAUCCUGGACAGAGGAGCAAAAAGCUACGGAUGGAUUGGAAUACCGACUCCAACUCCCUGAUCGGGGAAGAGUUGUUGGUGGAGGUUUUGGACCACGUUCCCCUGACCACGCAUAAUUUUGUGCGGAAAACAUAUCUAAAGCUAGCGUUCUGUGACAUUUGCCAGAAGUUUCUUUUGAACGGUUUUCGUUGCCAAACGUGCGGCUACAAGUUCCAUGAGCACUGCAGCACCAAAGUACCCACCAUGUGCGUGGACUGGAGUAAUAUUCGACAACUCCUUUUAUAUCCAACCCCUGGCGAGAGUGGCGCCCCGUCACUGCCCCCGCUGACUUCACGGAGGAUGAGAGAAUCUCUAACUCGCUUUCCAAGCUCCGCCCACAGGUAUUCGACGCCCCACCCCUUCAACUAUGCCACGCCCUAUUCGCCCACGGGUGGCGGCCUGUCCCAAAGGCAGCGCUCCUCUUCCACGCCAAAUGUGCACGUGGUCAGUACCACCCUGCCUGUGGACAGCAGCGUUAUCGAGCUAGACUGCCCGAGUACCUUGCCCACGUCCUGGCGUCGUAGAUUGUGUCUGAAGAAGAGAGUAGGUAUUGUCCACUUCUGCCAGUCUUUUGUUGACACCUCAUCCCAGAGCCCAGAGCAGGAUGCAAUGCGGGAUCACAACUCGGCGGGGAGUUCCCCUGACCACAGUCCCACAGGCUGGGCCCAGAGCAAAGCACCUGCGCCCGCUCAGCGCCAGCGGGACACCUCCUUCAACUCUCAGGACAAAAACAAAAUUAGGCCUCGGGACAAGCGUGACUCCAAUUACUACUGGGAGAUCGAAGCCAGUGAGGUGUAUCUGCACUCCCGCAUUGGUUCUGGCUCCUUUGGGACCGUUUACAAAGGGAAAUGGCACGGCGACGUCGCCGUGAAGAUCCUGAAGGUGACCAAUCCCACGCCAGAGCAGUUCCAGGCAUUUAGAAAUGAAGUAGCGGUGCUAAGGAAGACGCGCCAUGUCAACAUCCUGCUGUUCAUGGGCUACAUGACCAAGGACAACUUGGCCAUCGUCACCCAGUGGUGUGAAGGCAGCAGCCUCUACAAGCACAUCCAUGUCCUGGAGACCAACUUCAAGAUGAUCCAGCUCAUAGACAUCUCCAGGCAGACGGCACAGGGCAUGGACUAUCUGCACGCCAAGAACAUCAUCCAUCGCGAUAUGAAGUCCAACAACAUCUUCCUGCAUGAAGGGCUGACAGUGAAGAUUGGGGACUUUGGUCUUGCCACAGUGAAGGCCAGGUGGAGCGGCUCACAUCAGGUGGAGCAGCCUUCAGGAUCCAUUCUGUGGAUGGCCCCCGAAGUCAUCCGCAUGCAGGACAACAACCCUUACAGCUUCCAGUCCGACGUCUACUCCUAUGGAGUGGUCCUCUUCGAGCUGAUGACCGGAGAGCUGCCGUACUCGCUGAUAGCCACCAGAGACCAGAUCAUCUUCAUGGUGGGGCGAGGCUACCUGACCCCGGACCUUAGCAAGCUGUACAAGAACUGUCCCAAAGCCAUGAAGAGGUUGGUGGCCGACUGCAUCAAGAAGUCCAAAGACGACAGGCCGCUCUUCCCGCAGAUCCUGUCCUCCAUCGAGCUCCUCCAGUACGCCCUGCCCAAGAUCAACCACAGCGCCUCCGAGCCCUCGCUGCACCGGGCGGCCCACAGCGAGGACAUCCACGCCUGCACGCUCACCUCCAGCAGGCUGCCCGUCUUCUAGGGGGCCGCCCCUUCUGAUGGAACCAAAGAACGAGGAGAGGCCCGUGCAGCCACCCAAGCGCACAUUUAGCCGACGUGAAGGAAGCGACACAAGUUAGUUUUGUGUGGAAGUCAGCAGAUGAUAUCGUCUUAAGAACCAAGGUGGCGGCCGCCAGCACCACGGGAGAACGGGAACUUGCACAUGUUGGCAGCGUCUCAAAUGUCCACACUAGAACAUUAUUGUCUUAAAUAUUUAACGUUUUUCAUUCUUGAUCAGGUCAAACAUCACUAUUUGAAUAAAAUUCACUUCAUUCUUUGCCAA